AAUGUGUCCUUAGGAAAGCGCCAGAAACGUUAAUAUUUAUGCGGGAUGCAGGUUGGAACUGCUACAUCGAUUUUAAAUCCAACCUCGGAAUAUUUAAAUAGCCAAGGAACUUGGGUUACGUAUAUUUUAGUGAUCUUAGUUGUACACUUCAUCUUGCUAUGUAUACCAUUCUUUACCACGGCUGUCGUCUGGACACUAACUUGUACAAUUCACAAUGUGGUUAUGUACCGUCUACUGCAUUGGGAAAAAGGCAGUCCGUAUGAAACAUUAGACCAAGGGGAAUCACGUGUUCUAACUCAAUGGGAACAAUUUGAUGAUGGUGAACAGUUUUCACCGACAAAGAAAUUCUUGUUAGUUGUCCCAAUUGUUCUAUUUUUACUCGCCAGUUUCUAUACAGAAUAUGAUCCUUUGCAUUGUCUUGUCAAUGCCUCUUCAAUGAUUAUAUUAGCUGUACUGCCAAAACUUCCACAAUUCUAUAGGGUUCGUUUCUUUGGUAUUAAUCGUUGGUAAUCGUUGUAGUUGUAGUAGUUGUUGUAGUAGGGGAUUAGUAGCACUUUUAUUGUCUUGUUUGUUUAUCUGCCUGUUUGUUUUUUUUCUGUUUUUUAGUUGUUAUUUCUUAUUUGCUAUUAUUCCUAACAUUUUUAUGUGGAUGAAUGGAUGUAUAGUGUCUUUCUUGUAUUCCAAUUUGUAUUAUAUCAUAGUUGGAAUUUAUGAAAAGGUCCCCCCCCCCACUAAACUGACAUUUUGUAGACCAACGUGUAUAUUCUGCUGUGUACCAGUCCUCGAUCUCUUUGUGAUAUAUUGUAUUCAAACACCUCUUUUUUUUAAAAAAAAAAGCAGACUAUUUUUAAUGCUUACAAGUGGAUUCUGGAUGUGUGUGUGUGUAACAUGGGGUUGUUUUUAUUGUCAAAAUUACCUCUUUUUUUAAAGUCUCUUUGAAAAGAGCGCGCGAAUUUUAUACACAUAUAUACAAACACCUCUGAUUAAAUACAAUUGUGUGAUUCUUUUUUAAUAUUACAGUGUUGUUGUUGGUUGGUU